AUGGAUCUGGUUUCGACCAUCCGCAAGUCGGGCUCACGAGGAGGCGUCAAUUUCAGCUGGGAUGAGGUCGCCAACUCAGCACAUCGUGAGAACUAUCUGGGCCAUUCCCUAAAAGCACCCGUUGGGCGGUGGCAACAAGGUCGCGACCUCGGGUGGUAUGCCAAGGCUGAUGCGAGUGAUCCAAACUCGAACGAGACGGAGGAAGAGGCCAAGGCUCGCAGGCGUCGAGAGGAGAUCCAGAAGAUCAAGGAGGCCGAGGAGGAUGCAAUGGCAGCAGCACUAGGCCUACCGCCCCCGGUGAUGCGGCUGGCGGACUCCAAGUCACGAAGAUGGAAGAGAAGGGCGAGGCAGCUCGUGGACGACGAUCAGAGGGCCGAGAUGAGAGGAAGAGGGAAGGACGUGACCGCGAACAUCGCCACAGGCAUCGCCACCGCAGCCGAAGCCGCAGCAGAGAAAGACAUCGGGAGCAUCGGAGGAGAGACCGAGACGACGAGGGCGAACCGUCUUUACGCCGCGACCGUAGGAGCCACAGGAGUAGGAGCCGCAGCCGGGACGAGGAUCAACGCAGACGACACAGGCACCACGAGGCGACGCCAAGCAGAAGCAACAGCCGGGAACAUCGGCGGCCGGCAAGAGAUGGACACCGUCGAAGAUCUCCAGACAGACGAAGGAGUUUCAGUCCUCAACGCCGACGGAGUGAUAGAUAAGUACCGAAAACCAUGGAGACUCAGACGGCUCCAGGAGAUCGCCGGCGCGAUUACAGGCGAGACUGGACGGUCCUUCAACCGAGUCUCACACGACACCCUCUACCCGAGUUCCUACGCAGAGGCAGAUCUCGACGCUUGCCCUGUGGUAGCUGUGAUGGACUACUCCAAGCUGCGAGCAACAGCCUUGACGGCUGGCGAAGACGAAGAAGCCGUCACCGUCGAUACCAGGGCCUUGAUCGAUAAGGUGCUUGCAAGAUACUCCGGAGAAUGGACGACACUACGAGAGCUCAUCCAGAACGCCGCCGACGCCCAGGCUACAACCGUCUCGAUAACGUACGAGACACUCCCCUCGACCACGACGCCUCUUCCCGCCACAACAAACCGAUCCGAGCUGCUGAAGCACACGCUGACGCAUCAUACGCUUCGCCGGUUAGUCGUCAAGAACAAUGGCCAGCCUUUCGCAAAGACAGACUGGGGGAGGCUGAAGAGGAUAGCCGAGGGUAAUCCGGAUGAGACCAAGAUCGGUGCCUUCGGAGUAGGCUUCUACAGCGUCUUCGCCGACUGUGAGGAUCCAUUUGUCAGCUCUGGAAACGAAGCAAUGGCUUUCUACUGGAAGGGAAACGCUCUCUUCACCAGGAAGUUAGUUCUGCCACCGGAGCAGUGCACUAAGGAUACUGCUUUUGUCCUUGAUUACCGGAACACCACGACACCAGUUCCCAACCUGCUAUCCAUUAGCCAAUUUCUUGCGACAAGUUUGACUUUUGUGGCGUUACAGAACAUCGAGUCCUGGAUCGAUGACUACAAGGUGUUGUCUUUGCAGAAGAAGACCGCUCCGAGUGUUAACGUACCGAUUCCGAGGGAUUUGGAGACCAAGACUCGGGAUGGCCUCAUGAAACUGGCGGUGGUCGACCGCACGAGCGCGCAAAUAGAUGCAUCCUUCAUGGGGGCUAUCGGCUGGAAACCAGUGGCCGCAACGAAUACGUCCAAUGAUAACUCUGGCGCCUCAGACAUUCCCACCAUCAGGAGCUUCUUUUCAAGGCUUGCCUCCUCUGCUGCGCAAGCAAAUCGAAGCAAGGCGGCCAAAGAGGAAGCUGCUGUGCAGCAGGCACUAUCCGAGGAUAUCAUUGCUCAGUCGACUUCGAGCAUCUUCCUCCAGGUCACAACCGGCUCAAUACAGACGAAGGUCUCUGCUUCUUUUGCAGCGGAAUUGGAGCGAGCCACGAAGAAGCCACCACCCAAGACGACAAAGUUGGCCAUACUGACGUCGUCAUACGAUGAGACACUCGCUUCAGAGAAUUCAUCCAGUUCAGGCCCGGCUGCUAAGGCCGCUGAUGUGUUUGCGUCAGUGCUGCCAAACAAGAAGCCCGGAGGCAGGAUCUUCAUUGGUUUCCCUACCACACAGACCACGGGAGCUGGCAUGCACAUCUCGGCGCCGUCUGUCAUUCCCACAGUAGAACGUGAGGCAAUCGACUUGAACGCCCGUUGGGUCAGGAAUUGGAAUAUCGAGAUGCUCCGCGUUGCUGGUAUCAUGACGCGCUUGGCAUUUGCCAACGAGAUGUCGGAUCUAGAGCUCAAGCUUCGGAGGGUCAUAGAUGCCAGGGCAAAGGGCUCUCAGCCUACAAAAGAUGAGGUUACAAAACUUGUCCCUGAAGCACUGCACAUUUUGAGAACGUACACGUUCCAGGACUCGACUCCUAGUGCGAACGUAGGGCAGAUCAUCGAGGAGUCAUUCUGGUUCGCUUUCCAGAAGGCAUCGAUCGAGGUCUUUUCGAGUCGUGGAGUCUUGCCGUCGACUAAAGUCCGUGUCGGGUCUGACGAACUGGCAAAGUUCGUCAAUGGGAUCCCAGUCAUACUUGACGAGAUGAAAGAAUCAGCUUUCAUGAGAAAGCUCGAAGACUUUGGUCUGAUUCAACGGAUUACGGCGGAUGAUAUUCGCGAGGAGCUGGAAGCGAAAGCGUUGAACAAGGACCAACUAAUACACUUCAUUAGCUGGGCUAGCAAGAAGGCAGCCAGUGGAGAAUUGGACCCCGGCAGCAGGUCCCGUCUCUUUGAUGUGACAGUUGCAACCAUUGGGGACGGCGACGACUCAGGCGAAAUUAUUGCGUUGAGUUCUGUCAAGAACUAUCUCAGCAGCAACAAGAUCCCACCAAGCCUGCCGAUACCCCCGACAACAAUUCCUUUUGCCUUCACGAACCAUCUCAACGAACCCCAGCUCCAGGCCCUGGGCUGGGAUCGGCUAGAGAUCGUACCUUGGCUGCGAUUCCUGAUAGAAACGGCAUCUGGCCGGUCCGAGGAUGAGAACAUCACGAGGUCACCUAAAUUCGCUGUGUCGGUCUUGACAGUUCUAUCAAAAAACUGGGAAAAUCUGAGUUUGGGUUCGAAGAACACUACUGCUUCUUUGCUUCAAGGCAUCACUGUAAUGCCCACGAAGAUGGGAAUGAAGAAGCCGGCCGAGUCCUUUUUCCCAUCAGUAAAGCUAUUCGAUGACCUGCCCACGAUAGAAGGGUGCCAGACUCUCAAGGAGAAAUUUUUGUCUGCUUUGGGUGUCCGGAGAACACUUGAUCUGGACACCAUUUUCUCUCGGCUGCUCAACCCUUCCGGGGAGACGGCUCACAAGCCAUGGAGUCACAUGGAGCUCAUCAAGUACCUGGCUUCUGUAACAGAUGACAUCCCCGCAGAGGACAAGAAGAAGUUGAAGAACUCCCAGAUCUGCCCUGCAGAGGCUGGACCAUCAGGCAUGGAAUCCACCCAGGGCACGAAGGAGUUGUACAAACUGUCCGAUCUCUUCGAGCCCAAGUCGGACCUUCGGGCUCUAGGGCUACCGCUUUUGCAGUGGCCUGGGCCACCAGGGAGCUUCAGGGCCAGUUCCAAGGAGGGCAAGUUCCUUUACAGCCUAGGAUUGCGCCCUUAUCCUUCUGUUCCAGAGCUCGUGGAAAUGAUGGCAUCUUCUGACCCGUCGCUGAGAGAAAAGGCCAGGAAUUACUUCAUUGCGAACCAUCAGAUCAACGGCUAUGUUGCUUUCAACAUUGCGAACACCACCAAGGCCAUCCUCCCGUUGCAAGGAAACGGAAAGCAGCUUGUGCCACCCUCUGCCUGCUACACCAACGAAUCAGCUUCUGUACUGGGUUUCAAUAUCCUGGCCAGGGACCUCCACCAGCAUGCCAAUAAGUUCGGGGUUCCUCGCGACCCUCCAGUGGAGAACUGUGUUUACAGGCUUGUGACUACGCCACCACAGAAUCGUGAUUCGGCAGUCACUUUGUUCGAGUACUUCACUGCCCGAAUGACCGACUUGAAUGAAGGCCAGCUAGCCAAGCUGAGAGGGGCUCCAAUUGUGCCCGUCAGUCGGAAGAGACGCUAUGGCGAAUCAUCUGGGGAGAAGACCCAGGCUCAGAACAUGACGCUCGUGGCUCCCCAGAGUGUCUAUCUUGGCUCCUCGUCAACGUAUGGGGACAUCUUUGAUUUUGUCGACUUUGGACGCACGGCAAAUGCAUUCUUGCUCAAGUGCGGAGCCAAACUGGAGCCAACCAAGCACGAAAUCGCCACGUUCGCCUGCAGUGAGCCUGUUCGGCUGUGGACCACAGUUCAGACAUCUGAGAAAUACCUGGACGUCCUGAGAUCACUUGCAAGCGACUUGCCAACCCUCAAGAGAGACAAAGAUCUCUACAGGAAGAUGAAGGCUGAAAAUUGGCUGUUGGCCUUCAAGGACGUCCCAUCUAAUAGUAAGGGGUCGGAGGAUGAUGAGUACAAUGAGCCCAUUCGCCAUGCUCAGCUUGCCGCACCUGGUGAAAUUGUCAUAUCGGACGAUUUCUACAGCUUUCGACUGUUCAAGGAACAUUUGCUUUCGGCCCCCGAAGAUGAUGCUCUGGAGGCCUUCUACCUUUCUUUGGGCUCUCCAACAAUCAGUAGCUUGGUCCAGGAGGAUGCGCGGGUCGGAAGAUCAAUGCCAUCUCAAGAUGGUGCUGAAUGGCUGCGGAAACACAUCCUUGAGCGCACGAAGUUGUUUCUGCACGAGUACCGGAAUAUUCGAAGGGAUACCAUCAAGCAUGAUGCCAAAUGGUUGGAUAAGAACCUCAACGUUGAAGUUGUUCAGAGCGUGCAACUCAGGCGCACAUUACGGGGUCAAGCCCAGUCGCACACAGAGAAGCGGUCAGCGAUGGCCAUGCGCACUGCGACAGGGCAGACACUGUACAUCGCUGCUGACCAAGGGAAACCGGACAUGUAUCAGGUGGGCCAAGCCGUCUGUUCACUUAUCCUCACACGCCACAACCAACAGUCAUACUUCUUCUUCGAGCCGUUCCUGAAGCUUGGUCUCCUAGACCUGAGGGCUCGCGGGUAUAAUGUUGACAGGAUAUUGCGUGCGAAGGCCGAGGAGGCACGGAUGGCCGAAGAGGAACGACGCAAGGCUCUGGAGGCUGAGGAGCAGAGAAUCAAGGAAAGGGAAGCGGACUGGGCUCGACAGAGCAAAGUCGCCUCUGAAGCUGAAAGCAAGCAGCGUCCCCGCACACCAGCAGAACCGUCAUCCAAGAUGCCGGGUGCAUUUGAUUCUCCUGAAGAUCCGCCCGAGCUCCCGCCGCCGCCUCCAAGCCAACAAGAUAGGCGCAGCAGGGGUUUCUUCUCUAACUUGACCCGCAAUUUUGGGCUGGAUAGGAACAAGACGGCAGAGGAGCAGUUGGACAAGCUGCUCACGAACCCGGAAUCUGAGGCCAAGCCCGCUCCUCCAGGGCCCCAGACUCAAGGCCCCGGCGACAGCGGCCGAGUGACGAACCCAGCUGUUGUGCAGAACAAUUUAUUACAAGCCAUCCGAUCCACGAGGCCACACGACUCGUCCUCGGUAUUCAACAAACCGCAGACGCAAGAAAUCAAGGAACAGGCGACAUACUGCGACAGCAAGCCAGCCCAGAAUAUUGUCUUCGCGGCACAAGCGCCGCGUGGCAUGAAGGUGUACCUCUCCAGGGAGCUCUCCAUGGACCAGAUGAGCUUCUUGACCACCAACAGGGAUGCGAUCUCGACCUUCGAGUCGCUCCUGCGUGACGUCGCGGACGUGUAUGGCGUCUCUCCUACGGCGAUGCAGAUCCAUUUCGACGAGGAAGGCCCCUGUAUUGCGUUCAACCUGAACGGCAGUAUCUUCUGCAACCUGCGGUACUUUAGGCAGCUGCACUACGACAAGAUCAAGGCCUCGGGUCCUUCGGGGGCGGCGACCAAGGCUGGAGCUGGGAUAUGGUGGUUUGUUGUUGUUGCGCACGAACUGGCCCAUAACCUCGUCGGGCCGCACGACGCAAAUCACAGCUAUUACACCGAAUCCUUCAUCCAGGAAUACUUUACAAAGAUGAUGUCACGGGCUUUGUCAUGGACUCAGGCGCCAGGCAACGGGAGUCAGCGAGAGACCCCGGUCACAAUCAUCGGGGCUCAGCCGGAGCAGCAAGUGCCGCCGCCGCCGCCGCCGUACAGUCAGAUGAACUAA